GCUUGCGGUGUGGAGCUUUUAGCAAUGAAGAGUGCCAUGUCCAGAAAUAAAGCAAUGCUUGCGGUGGCAGCACUGUUUGCACUGGUACUAGGAUACACUAUUCAGGAUGCCGCUGCCUUGAAGAUGAGGCCCACCUCAACUAGCCUCAUGCUUGAAGUCGGAAACGAAGAGGUGUGUAUUUACGCAUCAAACCGCCAACGCUUUGAGGGUGUCGUAAUGCACUACCAACUCGUUCAGGGUGAUAUUGACUUCGACGUGUUCAUUCGUGAUUCCAUUAACAAAACAAUAUAUGCAUCGUUUGCUGGAGAGCACGAAACGAGCGAGCGGAUUUACUUCACUACACGCACAACGCAGCAGUAUGCAUUUUGUGUUGACAGCAGCAGAUACACGACCUCAAAACAAUUAAUCAAAAUGGACAUCGGCUUCACUUCCCUGAAGCGAUGGAAGCCACGAUUGGAUCCACUCCGAAAGCUUAUGACGGUCUCUGAUGGCCUAUUUCUUGGUCUGCAUGACGACCAAAUGAUGAUGCGGUUGCGCGAACAGUCACUGCGCGAAGGGCUAGAGAAGACCUUUACGAUGUUGAUUGUGCACGGUGUGACUGAAAUCCUCAUUGUGGUUAUGGUGUCAUUUUUGAACACAGCUCUUAUGACAUACCUCCUUCAGCAAGUGUCGCUGUAAGCCUGUAUUUUGUCAUCCUUACCUGCGAAACUGGUCCGUUUUGUGCGAUUCUAGUGAAUACUUCCAUUUACGCUACUAAUUUCGUUCCCCUUCUCCAUGAUUUUUUUUUAUUAAAUGUUUAUUGUUAUGUUAUCUAUCUAUUUAUUUAUCUAUCUAUAUUGCCUAACGUAUGUAGUGCUUUACAGGAAUCAUCGUAAGAUCACAUGUACAAUAAAAUACAAGAAGGUUCCUCUAUUGUCAAGAAUUGUCGAAGGAUUUUUUUCCCCAAAGCUGCAUCAAGACUUCAGAUGAGUAUAAUAAUAUACCAAUCGUGAGCUAGUUGAGCUUUCGGCUGCUUCUGAGUGAGUGUAGAAGGAAGAAAAUGUUUCGGAAUGAUCCAUAAAUAUAUAUAUAUAAUUUUUCUUUGUUUUUACCAUCUUAAAGAACAGUUCAAA